AUGCAGUGUUUAUCUUGUCCGGUUAUUCCUGUGGUUUCAAAGUCAAUUAAAUUAAUUAUUUGGAAACUGCCAGAGAAAGGGAGAUUUAAAUUAAAUGUGGAUGGAGGGUCGUGUGGUAACCCGGGGGAGUCCGGUUGGGGAGGUAUUAUUCAGAAUCAUAAAGGAUUGGUUGAGGCUGGUUUUGCACACUCAUAUGGGCAGGCUACUAAUACAGUUGCUAAAUGUCGAGCUCUCCUUGAUGGUUUACAGCUAUGUAAACAAUUGGGUUUGCGUGAUAUUUUGGUGGAGUCAGAUUCAACAGUUAUUGUUGGAUGGUUGGCAUCGAGGAUUUGUAGAUAUUGGUUUUUAUGGGAUUUUUGGGAGGAAGAUAGAGAGCUUGGGUCUGAACUCCAUGUUCAGUUUCAUCAUAUUUUUAGAGAGGCUAAUAUGGUUGCAGAUUUUUUAGCAAAACAAGGGACUCAAGGGAUGAAUUUUGAAUUUUGUGGUGCGAAUUCCAUACAAGGACCUAUUCGGGGCUUUAUUCGUAUUGACAAGCUCAGUAUUCUAUCUUAG